UCUAAAGUUAGGCAGAAAUAGAAAGAAGCUGGGUGAUGUGGGGGAGUGACUGUGUUUGUUUAUAUUAGACACCAAUAUGCGGCUCUUAAUUGUUUAUUUGUUAUAAAAGCAGGUGACAAUUUUCGCAAAGAAAUAUUAGUGAUAUUCGAUAAUAUACAAAUGAUAAUAUUACGCAUUUUGGAUAUUGGUUAAAAAUGCGGAAAAAUUAUGAAGCAACAAUGCGUCACAGACAAAUUAUUCUUCUUAUUCUUAUAAGUGUUUUUGUAUUAUCGGUUGUGUUAGUUACAAUUUCAGUACUCAUUAUUGCUCCAGGAAUAAAGGAGACAGAUGAGUAUAAGGGAAAAAAGAAUAUCUUAUUCAUAAUAGUUGAUGAUCUAAGGCCAACUCUUGGUUGUUAUGGAGAUAGAAGAGCAAUAACCCCAAAUAUUGAUCAGUUAGCAUCAAAAAGUGUUCUAUUUAAGAAUGCAUAUGCUCAGCAAGCUCUUUGCGGACCAAGCCGCACAUCUUUAUUGACUAGUCGUAGACCAGAUAGUUUACACUUGUAUGAUGUUGGCAGCUAUUGGCGAGAUACUGUUGGAAAUUUUGUUUCUUUGCCUCAGCAUUUUAAGUUACACAGCUAUGAAACUAUCAGUGUUGGAAAAGUUUUUCAUCAUGGUAUUGUUUCUAACAAAACUGAUGAUUAUCCAUAUAGUUGGACAAAUUAUCCACAUCGACCUCCAACUCAAAAAUACAAAAUGGCUCCGGUCUGUCCAUCACCAUCCAAUGGUCAUAUGAAUUUGAUAUGUCCUGUUGAUGUCAAUGAGCAACCAUUAAAAAGCUUACCAGAUAUUGAGAUCACUGAUUAUGCUAUUCAGUACUUAAAAAACAAAUCUCAAGGGAGCCACAAUGAGGAGUCACCUUUCUUUCUUGCUGUUGGAUAUAACAAACCUCAUAUACCAUUUAAAUUUCCUAAAGAAUAUCUAGACUUGUAUCCAAUUAACACAAUGGAUUUGGCCCCGAAUUACACAAAAUCUAGUAAUUUACCUGACAUUUCAUGGAACCCUUGGACGGAUAUUCGAGAAAGAGAUGAUGUUUCGAAUUUAAAUGUCACUUUUCCUUAUGGACCUUUACCAGAAAAUUUUCAGAAACUAGCACGUCAAGGUUACUAUGCUUCUUUAUCAUACAUGGAUGAUCAAUUGGGAAAACUAUUGAACACUUUGGAAGAGACUGGGUUUGCUGCUCAUACAACAAUUGUUUUGAUUGGGGAUCAUGGCUGGUCACUUGGAGAACAUCAAGAAUGGUCUAAGUAUAGUAAUUUUGAAGUUUCUGUCCGAGUGCCAUUGAUUGUUCACAUACCAGAAUUGAUGGAAUACAAAAAGUCUCCUUUUCACUAUAUACCUGUUCUGGAACAAAUUAAAAAUAAUGGAUCUAGAAUGGUUAAACCAAAAUAUGAAACCGAAGAACUCGUAGAAUUGGUCGACCUUUUCCCCACCCUGGCUGCUAUUGCAGUUCUCCCAGUUCCUCCACUCUGCAGAAUUUACACAACUCCGUUCUGUUCUGAAGGUCUGAGUUUCUAUUCUCUCAUAAAACAUUUAAUUAAACCAUCCUGGUUUGAGCUCCCAUGGAAAACUGCUGUUUUUAGCCAAUAUCCUAGACCAUCUUUAGUACCACAAAACAACAGUGAUCAGCCUAAGCUGGAAGAUAUUAAAUACAUGGGCUAUUCCAUCCGAACAGCUCACUUCCGAUACACAGAAUGGGUAGAUUUUGAUAACCAACUGUUUAGACCUAACUGGACUGUUGUUUAUGCUCGAGAAUUGUAUGAUCAUAAUAACGAUCCUUUUGAAGCAGAAAAUAUUUGUAAGAAAGACAUUUGUGAUGAUGAGUAUGAAAACACUGUUAAAGAACUUUCAAAGAAGAUUAGAAAAGGUUGGCGCCACGCUAUGCCUCCCAGUUAUUUUGAUAGUAUAAGUCCUACUCGGUAUUUUUAAAUAGUGUUUAUCAUUUUUUUAUAACUAAACUGAACGUUUUGUUGUUCCAUGUGAGAAAAUUUAU